UUUGGUAAAAUUGCGAGAGACCCACUAACCUACUUCACCGCAGCACCGUAGUCACAGCCACUCGUAGCUAUAAACAUACACAUUUGGUUCCAUCCCAAUACCAACCUUCAUAGAUCUGAUCUGAUUUCUCCAUCUUUGUAAGUGCUACUGUUUCUUAAGCUCCAGAUGCAGCUCUCUCUCUCAAUGGCGUCCGAGGGAAUUCUGUUGGGGAUGGGAAACCCACUGCUAGACAUCUCCGCCGUCGUCGACGAGGAGUUCUUGCAGAAAUAUGACCUCAAGCCCAACAAUGCGAUUCUUGCAGAGGACAAGCACCUGCCCAUGUACGACGAAAUGUCUUCCAAGUACAACGUGGAGUACAUUGCUGGAGGUGCUACUCAGAAUUCCAUUCGAGUUGCUCAGUGGAUGCUUCAAGUACCUGGUGCAACAAGUUAUAUGGGUUCCAUUGGAAAGGACAAGUAUGGUGAAGAGAUGAAGAAGAACUCAAAACUUGCUGGUGUUAAUGUUCACUAUUAUGUGGAUGAGACUGCACCAACGGGAACUUGUGCUGUCUGUGUUGUUGGUGGUGAAAGGUCCCUUAUUGCCAACUUGUCAGCCGCUAACUGCUACAAAUUUGAGCAUUUAAAGAAACCCGAAAAUUGGGCACUGGUUGAGAAGGCCAAAUACAUCUACAUUGCUGGUUUUUUUCUAACUGUAUCCCCAGACUCCAUCCAGCUUGUUGCUGAACACGCUGCUGCAAAUAACAAGAAUUCCCGUUACCUGCAGGUUUUUUCAAUGAACCUUUCUGCUCCAUUUAUCUGUGAGUUUUUCAAGGAUGCUCAGGAUAAAGCUUUACCGUAUGUGGACUAUGUUUUUGGAAAUGAGACGGAAGCAAGAACCUUCUCGAAAGUUCAUGGCUGGGAGAUUGAUGAUGUCGAGCAAAUAGCUCUAAAGAUCUCCCAAUGGCCCAAAGCGUCAGGGACACACAAGAGGAUUACUGUUAUUACUCAGGGCGCAGAUCCCGUGGUUGUUGCUGAGGAUGGCAAAGUGAAAAAGUUCCCAGUGGACAAGUUGCCCAAAGAGAAAUUGGUUGAUACCAAUGGAGCGGGGGAUGCAUUCGUUGGAGGUUUUCUAUCUCAAUUGGUUCAAGAGAAAGCCAUUGAAGACUGCGUGAAAGCUGGCAACUAUGCUGCAAAUGUUGUCAUCCAGAGGUCUGGCUGCACCUACCCGGAGAAGCCUGAUUUCAAUUAAGUUAUUCAUUCCCUUUGUUCUCUACUAAGUAUUAUUUAAAUUUUGAUUGCUGAGGAUGUCUAUUGAUUGCCAAGGUUCUAUCGUUGUAUUUGCUUAUUUGGAAUCAGAUUUUGAUCCUGCACCCCCUUUGAACAAGGGGGGAUUAAAACUUAAAAGUUUAUACAUGUUAAAUAGUGUUAGUAGAAAAUUAAAUGUAGUUUUGCAGUUCUGCUU